AUGAAUCCAGCAAAGCUGUCUCAGUCGUCUCUCUUCCAGGUUUAUCUUCGUCUUCGCCCCCCUGUCUCGCAGCAACAAGUUGACCAAGUCGAACGUUGCUUGACUGUCGACUAUCCUGAGACAAAGAACCAAACUCAGAAUGAACAGGAUGGAAUCCUGUCAUAUGGCCCUACUCACAUUACACUACAGCCUCCAAGCGAUGCGAGAAAGCGCGCAGUCGAGAAAUUCGGAUUUACCAAGGUCUUUGAGGAGUCCGCUUCCCAGCUGGACGUUUUCCGAGAUACUGGAUUGGAAUCCUUGAUCAGGGGAGUCCUUCUGGAAGGAAGAGAUGGACUUGUGGCUACAUUAGGAGUAACUGGAAGCGGAAAGAGCCACACCAUUCUAGGCUCGAAGACACAGAGAGGUCUCACUCAGAUGAGUCUCGACGUGAUCUUUAACUCAUUAACGUCGACGAUUAAGCAUCCCGACAAUUCCAUCCACCCUCUUCUCCUCUCCAGCGUCUCUGCGUCGGACCCCUCCGAGUCCCAGAUGUUUACAGCACAGACGUUCCUGGAAGCUGUAUAUGGUGACCCAAAUGCUGGCAGGAAUUCUCGAGCCCAGACUCCCAUGAGUUCUUCUCGAGCUCACACACCGAUGGCGGUAUGCUGUCCUUCCCCUACAUUCCCCUUGCAAAGAGCACAGAUCUCGCGACCUUGUAUCCCAGGGGCUUCCUAUUGCGUCCCAACUUUGCCCUUGACCCCCCAUGGAGAUCCUCCAACAACAUUGCGGCAUUUGGAUUCCCUGAAUUCAAGAGUUAGCCCUAUAAGGAUGGCCACAUUGAUGCCCCUUCAUACCCCGACCGCACAUUCACACACAUAUUCCAAGAUCGCCAAUAUACAAAAUGCUAAAUCAUCUUUUCAUGCGUUAAAGGAACCGAUGCCAGCCGUCAUUUUCCCCCGGCGUCAGCUGCCUCCACGUUCGAAUGCCCUGCCACGGUCCCCCGAUGUUAGCCAUCUAACUCUGGAGUUGAACCCUCACUCUGAAUAUAUUGUUCUGGUGUCCAUGUACGAAGUUUACAAUGACCGAAUUUUCGAUCUUUUAUCACCUGCCAUUGUCCCUGGUCAAGGAAGUGCUAUGUCGCGCCAAGGUGGAAAUGCCCAAAAAGACCGGCGACGGCCCCUCUUCUUCAAGUCCACAGAAGGGUCUCCCGAUCGAAAAGUCGUCGCAGGGUUGCGCAAGAUUGCCUGCAGCACCUACGAGGAGGCAUUGGCCAUCCUUGAGAUUGGUCUCACUGAGCGUAAGGUUACCGGCACUGGUGCCAACAGUGUCAGCUCGCGUAGUCACGGGUUCUUUUGUCUCGAGGUGAAGAGACGGAUGCGGAACAAGAGAACUGGUGAAGAGACAUGGAUUGGAAACACGCUCACGGUGGCGGAUCUUGCUGGUUCUGAACGCGCAAGGACCGCUAAAACGGCCGGCUCUACCCUUGCUGAAGCGGGAAAGAUCAACGAAAGUUUGAUGUAUCUUGGACAGUGUUUGCAGAUGCAAAGUGACAUCCAGGACGGGAAUAAGACUGCGCUUGUGCCAUUCAGGCAGUGCAAGCUCACAGAGCUGUUGUUCUCAAAUUCAUUCCCGUCCAGUCAGUCCGCGGGACCGACUCGUCACCCUCAGAAGGCCGUGAUGGUCGUGACUGCGGAUCCACUGGGGGAUUACAACGCUACCUCGCAAAUCUUGCGGUAUUCGGCACUGGCGCGGGAAGUCACGGUCCCUCGAGUACCGUCUACUUCGGAGUCCGUCCUGUCCAACUCUAUCGGAUCUUAUAAAGCCCUUAGCAGCGGGCGUAACUCUCCCAACAUGGUCGCAAAUGAGGAAGUUGAAAGUGCACUAGCUGAGAUUAAACGACUCACCAAAGAGAACAGUGGUCUGACGAUGCGACUCAAUGAAGAGGAGAUAAUGAGGGCUGAACUCGAAAUACGAUUGAAGUCUAGCGAAGAGCGCUGCCUGGAGAUCGAACAAGAAGUCCGUGAAGAAUGCUGGGCGGAAAUGGACGAAAGGAUGGAAGAGGAGAGGAGACGGUGGCAGACGGCCUUGGACGAACAGGCUGGCCAUAAUUAUGAGCACCUUGACAAGAAGAUCGAGCUUCUUUCUCGAGGAUUCCGGAUCUACGAAGACCCUGCCGCUUCCAAUGACGACAGGCCUGAGGAGCUUGAGUACGAGAAUGAGCGACUCCGGAGCAAGAUUGCAGCGUUGGAACGUGAGCUCACCAGCCAGUCGCCGACUAAGAGGUCCCAGUCCAAGAAAGCUCUCCGCUCAUCCCAUAAUUCCAACAUUCUUGGCCGGGAGAGUGACGUCGAGGUGGCGCUGCAACGAAUGGACCAGUUGAAACUCGCUGAUAGCAUGUUCUCUCCCACUACGCCGUCAGGCUCUCCGGGGAAAAAGCAGAGGAAGAUGGCCACUCGUCGAUGGGAUUUGGCACCUGAAGAAGACAUCUAG